CCUAGAUCUGUUCACACACUGAUUCUCGCAGGUCGUCGUAUUCAGCAUCACUCUCGUCUUCUGUGGUCGACUAUCCCACUCAGUAUGGCCGCCGUUAUCACGCUUUCAGGGCGGGAGCCUACGUCUUUCCCAAUGAUGAAAGUGAAAUGGAACGUCUCGACAUAUGCCAUGCAUUGCUAGUCAAAACGAUUGGGAACAAGUUAUUCCUCGCACCAAUCGACAAGGCCAAAACGCUUCGCAUCCUUGAUGUUGGCACAGGCACUGGGAUCUGGUCUAUUGAGAUGGGAGACCUCUUUCCGGACGCCGAAAUUGUCGGAAAUGAUCUCAGUCCCAUACAGCCGGCGUGGGUGCCUCCAAAUGUGAAAUUCGAGAUUGACGACGUAGAGAGUGAAUGGAUCGGGGAGAAGAAGUACGACUUCAUCUUCAGCCGCUACCUCUCCGGUUCCUUAGCAGAUUGGCCUACCUAUGUGAGGCGAGUUUACGAAAACCUAAACCCCGGGGGCUGGGCCGAGUUCCAAGACUGGAGCUUCGAACUCUACAGCGACGACGGCACCCUCGAGGGCACAACAAUGCAGUACUGGAUGAAGCUCUUCAUGGAGGCGUGCGACGUCUUCAAGCGCGACGCAAAAGUCGGUCUCAAGCUCGAGAGCCUGGUUUCCGAAAACACGGGGCUGGUCAACGUUUUCCACAAGGGAUUCAAGAUCCCCGCUGGACCCUGGCCGAAGGACGCGCACCUGAAGGAUAUUGGCAUGUGUAAUCUGAUCCAGAUGCUGAAUGGGCUGGAGGGUUUUUCGUUGAGGCUUUUCUGCGGAGGGCUGAACUGGACUGAGGAGCAGGUGGUGGCGCUGAUGAAGGGUGUUCGUGAGGAGUUGAAGUCUGGGAAGGUUCACGCGUAUCUGCAUUACAAUGUGAUUUACGGACAGAAACUCGAAAGGGCCUAAAGGAGAUGCUUGGCUCGAUAAAUUCUUCACCCUCUCUACACUUCUAAGUCUCUGCGUCGAGGCAGGUAUCAGAAGAGCGUGGAGGUAGUGGCGCGAGCCGUUCUUGCUUGCUACUCAGCCAACUUAAAAGAUUUAGGAAGCAGAUAUUUACAUAUAUCUUUAUAGACAAUGUGAUGUUCGAGCUCACAACUCAUCCUUCACCCUCUCCUCCUCAGACUUCGCAGUCUUCUGACGCUCCACACAAGUCCACUCACUCCCAACCGCCUUCAC